CAGGUGGGAGGGAUGGGGGGCGGUGGGGAGUACGAUGGCGAUGAUGGGAACAUGCAGGGAGGGUAUUAUAUGGGGGGAGGGAGAGGGGGAGGAGGGAUGGACGCUGUACCUGAAGAGGGGGAGGAGGAAUACGAGGAGGGGGAGGAGGAAUACGAGGAGGGGGAGGAGGAGGAAGAUGUGCCAAGCCCGGAUAUGGUUACCAGAACGACCAGUGUGAGAUCUAGCCGGUCUGGGGGGUCUAGGUACUCGAGAGAUGGUGCAGAGGGGGGGUUGAGUGGAGGGAGCGAGGGGGAGGGGGAGGGGAGUCCCAUGGGAGGAGGGUUUGGGUAUGGUGCAUCUCCUGCUGCUGGCGGUGGCAGCGGUGUUUCAGGGGGUUAUGGAGGGGAUUAUGGAGGGAUGGGUGGAGGGGGCUUGGGAGGCGGAGGAGGAGGAGGAGGAGUGGGGGGUGCGGGGCAGUACAGUGAGUUCGGGGGAGGGUUAGGGUUAGGGUUGAUCGGAGGGGAAUUGGGGCCUGUACCUGAGGUGGAUGAGGACGCAUUAGAGGAGGAGGAGGAAGAGGAGGAGGAAGGGGGAUUUUCUGCAGGAGAGUUUGACGGGAGGCAAAUAGAGGAGAGCGGGCCGGGGGAGAGUGAAGUGGAGGUCGAGGAAGGGGAGGUGGACGAGGCGGAGGAGGAGGAGGAAGGGGAGGAGGAAGGCGAGUAUGAGGGGGAAGGGUACCAUGAGGAGGAGCCUGGGGAGUUUGGGAGCCCGAUUGGCAUGGGUGGGGCGGGGGCGAUGGGGAGGUAUGAGAUGGACGCCGGAGGAGAGGACUUUCAGCUGCAGCCACAGCAGGGGCAGGGAGGGCAGGGAGGGCAGGGAGGGCAGGGAGGGCAGGGAGGGCAGGGAGGGCAGGGAGGGCAGGGAGGGCAGGGAGGGCAGGGAGGGCAGGAGGAGGAGUUUUCGCAGUGGCAGAAGCAGCUAUCCUCUCAGAUGUACUCCCCUAGGCCCCAGGUACCAGCUCACCUCAUGCAGCAGAUGGGCGUAGGCAUGGGCAUGGGCAUGGGCAUGGGCAUGGGCAUGGAUGCAGGCACAGACCCGCUCAUGGCUCACCAGCAGCAGCAGGCGGGAAUGAUGCAUCUGGGAAUGCUGUCCCCCCGACCAGACAACAGCCAGCAGCUGUUAGUGCACCCGCCACUGCUGCAACCACAGGGACUACCGGGUCAGGGGCAAGGGCAGGGGCAGAUGCAGCAGCAGCAGCAGCAGCAGCAGGGGCAGGGCGCAGGGCAUAACCACCAAGCUCCUCUGCAGGCAGUGCAGCCUCUGCAGCCGUCCCCACCUGCCAAGAAACGGUCUCCCAGACAACAGAAGCAGCAGCAGGCGCAGCAACAGCUGCUGCAAGCACAGAAAGCUGCCACUGCCCCGCUCCCCCCCAGCCAGCAGCAGCAGCCAGUGCCACCAGCGAUGGUGCAACAGCAGGGGCAGAUCACUCCGCAGCCCCCACCUCCUGCCGCUGGGGGGCAAAAGGGAGGGAAACGGAGGCCGCAGCAGAGGAAGGGGUUGAAGAAGAACCAGCAGGGGGCAGCACAGCAAGGGGAACAGACUAGCCAGCAGCAGCUACAGCAGCAGGAGGGACAGCAGCAGCAGGGGCAGACUGGGAUUCCGAGCGCUGGAGUUAGUGCUGGUGCUGGUGGCGCUGUGGCCGGUGGGUCUCUAGCUGCUACUGAUGGUGGUAGUGAGAGUUUGACUGGAGUAGGAGCAGGAGCAGGGGCGCAGCAGGGUUCUGGUAAGAAAGCAGGGAAGAAAAAGAGCAGUGGCAAGGGAAAGUCGAGCAAGAAGGGAGUCCAAAGUAAGGAGCAAACUCAGGAGCAACAGCAGCAGCAGCAGCAGCAGCAGCAGCAGUCGCCUACUGCGAUCAAGUCCCUAGAGAAACUAGAUGCGCUCAAGUCAAGUGCUCUCGCACCGCUAUCCACCAAGAAGAAGGGGCUCUCCCCCGCAGGAGCAGCAGGUGCAGGGGCACAGGGAGCGAGGGGCACAGCGGGCAGCAGGGGAGGAGGGGAGGAGGGAGCCGUGGUAGGCGGUGAGAGGGUGUCGAUAUACGAGGGUAUGACCCCUAGGCUGAGUGCGUACGACCCCUGGGAAGAUGAGGAGACUCGCAUGCUUGCUGCUGCAGAAGCAGCUGACACCAGUGCAGGAGGGGGGGCAGGCGAAGCAGGAAGGCCCACUGUUUCUCCUGCUUCUGCUGCUGCUGCCGCUGCCGCUGCUGCUGCUGGUGUUGAUGCCCUGGGCUCGCCGUUCCAGUGGCCUGCAGUGGCCCCUUCGUUCUCCACUCUUGCCACCCCGCCUGCUGCUCUCAGUGCACUAGGAAUGGUCGGCAGCAAGCAGUCCAAGCGGAAAGGGAAGGGCGCUGGCAAAGGGUCUAAGAGCGCUGAGGGGAGGCUACUGGGGCGAGGGGAUGGGGAAGGGGAAGGGGAAAGGCGGGCAGGGAGGAAUGGCGGGGUGAGUGAGGAAGCUGCUGGCUCGACUGGGGGGAAGGAAGGGAAGGGAAGGAGGAGUCGGGCAAGUGGUGCUAUUGCCGAAGCUAAUGUUAUAGCGAACGAGAGGGUUAGCGCCAACGGGGGGGGUAGCAUUAGCAGUAGAAGUAGUAUUAUCGAGGCAGCUAUUAGGAAGGGACUGGAGAAGCAUGGUAGGAACGUGCAUGCGGAUCUCGCUGCUGCUGUGGUGACAGCAGCAGCAGCAGCGGCAGCAGCAGCGGUAGAAGCAGCAGCUAGAACGCCCGGGACUUCUAUUGCUUCUGCAGCCGCAGCAGCAGCUGCAGCGGCGGCGGCUGCAGGAGCAGGCGCAGUGGGGCAGAGCGCGGCUGCUGCGAAAAUGAGACGGCGUGUGAAGAGGGGGUCUGUAUCUCCUGUUUCUCCAGAGCUAGACGCAUCAGCAGUAGGAGCAGCAGAAGGAGCAGGGGGGAUGGCAGAGCUCACAGGGAAGCACCUUCAGCAGCAGCAGCAGCAGCAGCAGCUUCACAACUCCCUACCUGCUGCUGCCAGGGUGCUGAAAGCUAGCUCGCUUCUGGCAGGGCCUGGCACCAGUGCAAGUCCUGCUGCUGCUGCUCCUGCUGCCCCUGCUCCUGCCGCCACUGCUGCUGCCUCGCCUGCUGCUCCCGCAACUGCUAGUUCUGCGUCCUCAACUGGAGCAGCACCGGCAGCAGCAGGAGCAGCAGCAGCAGCGAGAGGCAUGCCGCGUGGUGACUCUGCCAUAUUUGACUCUCUGCCCAUGGGCCCUGUGCAGCUGCAGGGGUACUACGCUGGGGAGGACGGCAUGCUGAGGAACAGCCCGGGCAACGGCAGCAGCCACGGUGGCAACGGUGCCGGCACUGUCACUUCAGUCGCAGGGGGAGUGGGAGCGGCAGGAGGAGCAGGCGGAAAAAGGGGAGCAGGAGGAGCGGGAGGAGCGUCGCUUGCAGAGGGUCCGGAUUCGUUUGAGGAUUUGAAUCUGGAGGAGAUAGGGACAGCGGAGACGGGAAGGCAGCUCGUGUUUGCAGGCCAGGCGGUGCAAGUGCUGGAUCGGCAGCAGCAGCAGCAGCAGCAGACGGUGCUGCAGGGGGGGGUGUCGGGUCGCAAGAGGAGCAGCAGCAAGGAGGCAGUGGCUAGCACGCGGCGCCAGCUCUUCCCGUCGCCGCAGCAGAAGACAACAGUCCCGUACUUCGGCUCCUUCUCCCCAGCCUCUCUCCUCCACUCCGCGCAACUCCUAGAGCACCAGCAGCAGCGCUCCCUCGGGUUCUCCGCGCUCGACCGCUCUCUCCUCACUGCCAUCCUCGCAUCCCUCGACUCCCCUCGCGACUGGCUCUCCUUCUCGCUCGUCUGCAAGCCGUGGCGCGCCGUGGCCUACCACGGGCUGCGCUCCCUCCGCCUCGUCCGCGGGAGACGAGUCACCCUCGAAGGGCUUAUCCGCGCCUUAGCACACUGCCCGAACCUCACAUGUCUGGACAUCCCUGGUAUGUGUUUGGACCAGCCAGUGGGGAACGAGCUGCUGUGCACGAUUGGGUACUCGUGCCCGGAGCUGAGGCGGUUGUCUAUCGGGGCGGAUCCGGAGCUGGGGUCGACGUUUCAGGAGAGCGGGCUCGCGAUGCUGUUCUCGGGGUGCACUAAUCUGGUGGAAGUGAAGAUAGAGGCGUUUCGCAGGCAGCACUCGCGCACGAAUGGGGGGGCUGGUGCCAGUGGGAGCAGCGGCAGCGGCGGCAGCAGCAGCAGCAGCAGCCGUGUCAGCGGUGGUGGUAGCAGCAGUGGUGUUGGAGGUGGUGGUGGUGGUGGGGUGAGUCCAGGAGGGGUGGUUAUCAGGGGCACAGACCCAUCUCUCGUCAGAGUUUUAUCCACGACCACACCUGCAUCCCCAUCGACCCCAGCAGCAGCAGCAGCAGCAGCAGCGUCAUUAGGAAAAGCAGCAUCAGCCCCAGCAGCAUCAGUCGCAGCAGGAGCAGCUUCAGCAUCGGCAUCAUCAGCCAUUGCCACAGCAGCAGCAGCAGCAGCAGCAACUCCUAGCACAGCAGGCGACUGGGACAUCUCCUAUAUCCCAGAGUCCCUCGGCGAGCUCUCAAAGCUGCAGUCCCUCUCGCUCAACUUCCACAACGGCCAGCACCACGUGCGCCUCCCAGACUCCAUAGCCAACCUCACCGCUCUCCACUCCCUCGAACUCUCCUUCCUCUACCCAGCCUCCCUCCCGCCCUCCCUCUGGACCCUCACCAACCUCCAAACCCUGCGCCUCAUCGGCUGGAAGGGACUCGCUUUCCUCCCCAACUGCAUAGGAGAGCUUCGGAGCCUUUGCACGCUGGACCUGCGCUGCUCCGAGCUGGUCGACCUGCCCCCGUCGGCCGGCUCGCUCCCUUUCCUGCGAGAGGUGGUCUGGGAGACGCGGCGCACGCGGGAGAUGGAGCUCUACGGGUCCUCUGUCCCCCCCUCCAUCAUAGCCUUCUCUGACAUCACCUGCCUGACCCUCAAAAACGUCUGGACGGCGUCGGACGACCUGCAGCACCUGACCUCGCUCACUCGGCUCGAACUCUGGGGCGCAAAGGGGCAUCUGAGGGUGCUCCCGGAGUCCCUAGGCGAGCUGGAUAGGCUCGUGCAUCUGGACGUGCGGGGGUCGUUCCGCGUCGUGCCCGCUUCUGUCGGCCGCCUGCGCCGCCUCGAGACGCUCAUGCUGCUCAGCGAAGUUUUGGAGGUGCUGCCCGCGGAGUUCGGGCAGCUGACGAAUCUCCGCGAGCUGCGCCUCGACGGGUGCCGGUCCAACCCCCGCUUGCCCGCUUCCCUGUGGGGUCUCCACAACUUGAGAACCCUCUCCAUGCCCUGCGAUCGCGUCCCCGAGGAGAUAGGCAACCUCAACUCCCUCCACUCCCUCGCAAUUGAGUCUGAUACCGCCCGAUCGGUCGGCAACAUCUCCCUCCCCACCCCCAUCGGCUGGCUCUACGAGCUUAGGGAGCUCCGCCUGGUCUGUCCCUUCGUGCGCUCCCUCCCGUCCUCCUUCGUCCUUCUCGGUAACCUCGUGGACCUCCAGCUACAAUUCUCCGGGCCACUGCCCAAGAAUUUCGGCGAGCUGAACUCGCUGCAGCGGCUCGUCCUGGACAGCCGGGAAGUUUACGCGCUGCCCGAAUCCUUCGGAGACAUCCGCACGCUCGAGUUCCUCACACUCGUCUGCGAAAAACUUGCGUCGCUUCCCGACUCCUUCGGGAGCCUCUCCUCGCUCCGCUCGCUCGCCCUCGUCCACUGCACAAAUCUUUCCACGCUGCCCGUAUCCUUCGGGAAGCUGAGUAAUCUUUCCCGCUGGGAGGCACAAUGCAAGGAGCUCUCAUGGUUACCAGUGUCCAUUGGCAAUCUCGACUCGCUCCAAAGCCUGGACCUUGAGAGUGACGCACUCACGCAGUUACCAGACACCUUUGGUAACCUGCGCUCGUUACGGAGCCUUCGGCUGGCGUGCCCUGCGCUGCGCUCGCUACCUGCUAGCUUCCGGAACCUUCCGGACCUCGUGCAGGCGAACGCAGGAGUGGAUUCCCUAAUGCUGCAGUAAUGCCACCGCAGUGGUGCUGCCUUGAUGCUGCAGUGGUUGAUGGCACUGAGAUCCAGCACAGCAGCACUAGUGGGAGGAGUACCCCUGUGCCAGGAGUUUCCGGUGUCGUGUGGAGCGCAGGCUGCAGAAUGAUGUGUCCUCUCCGCUGCGCUGCUAUCAACCCAUUGCUAUGCUAUGUCUGGAGCUAGCUCCCUCUCCCCCGCUUCUUGUGCCAUUCCGUUUACCUUCCCGUUUUUUCCCUUGGUGUUUCCGUCCUUGCUUUCACUUCCCUUUUGUUGUUGCGUAUGCUGCUGACCAUUGCCCUGGUUAUUCUGUGUUGGAAGAAUCUAGCAGUUGAGUGCAUUAGACCACUUAGGGAUGCAUUGUGGGCUUAGUUGAAUAGCAUAGAUGGGGCAGAUAGGGUGGCUAUAAGGGUAACGAGUGUAGCUUUUGGGCCUAAGAGGCCUUUCCUGGUUUGAACCGAUCCAUUAAUGUAUUUAUGUGCUUGAGCUAAUAAUG